UCUCUAUACUCUUUCUCUCUCUUCAACCUCUUUCUCUCUCUCUCUCUCUCUCUCUCUCUCUCUACAACCAUAUCCUGUGAUAUAGAUCUUGUUCGCCAGCGCAAAUCUAGGGAAAUUCAUCUGAACAACUCAUCAAUCCUUAAACUUCAUCGUCAAUACCUCUCGAUCUUCUUAGAUAACUUGAAAGCUUUGAUUCAAUUUUCGAUGAUAUUUGAAUUGAAGAAGAAUUGAAAUCAAGAUGCCUUGGACGUCAUCCCUUUCAACUUAUUGCAGCAAAUGUGUUCGUUUGGUGGUGUUCUUUCGUGUUAUUCUGUAAUUUGAUUCAUUUUGGUGAGACCCUUUUGGAUUGUUUAUAUAUAUAUAUAUAUGUUAUAUGUAUAAGAUUUUGCUUAUUUUUAGCUUUUGAUUCUAAUGUUUUAUUGGGUUUUGCAGGUGGUUGCUUUUGGGGGGGUUAAAGUAUUAUAUUCGAUUUGUUUGCUUGUUCUUUCUUACUUUGAAUUUUACAAAAGCUGGUUGGAGGUGUGAGAAUGUUCAUUGCCAUUUCCAUUAAAAGAUAUCGAGCAGUUAAAGAAGUUGGAAAAAUUAAAAUGAGUGUGGGGGUUAUUGCUUAUUACCAACUGAUGCAAGUUUGCCAGGUACAAUUGUUACUCCCUUUUUAGCAUUUUUCUAUGUUUACUUUUGUUUUGUACUUCUUGUCAAGCUUAGUAUGUUCAUUAUUGUUUCUUCAAAGACAAUAUUGUUUAUAGUGUGUUUAACUUGCUAAGGCUUUAGUAUCAUGUUAUCUUGUAUUGGGGAACAGGAGAAGCUAUUAUUGAAUCCUCUGGUUUAUGAGUUAGGGAGAACUAGCUAUUUAUUUUACAUUUACCAAACUUUUACUGUUUGAAAAUUUGGAGUCUUUGGUGCAAGCAAGAGUACAUUAUGAAUUCGUUUAAUCGUUUGAUAAUUUGAUCAGAGCAAUGCUAUUGUGUAUUCUCGAAAUCUAACAAUAUUCUGCUGCUGUUGUUGCUUUGUCAAAACCAUGUUUGUGUUAUAGAAUAUGCAUUGUGUUGUUGGUUACAUGCUACUUGUUUAUUGCAGGCUGAGUAUUUCCGUCAAUUGCUUAAACCUGUGACGUAGUCUGUUUGUAAUCGUCGGACUUUGGGAUUUGGGACGGACUGCCCUCUGGUUUUGUUUAUACAUAAGAAGAACUUAUAGUAUUUUGGCUCUCUACUGUACCUGAGUGGCAAUAACUUCUUCAUUCAUUGCAUAAGUCUUGUGAUCUCGCGUUUAACUUAAGAACCUUCUUCCAGUUGAAUCCUAAUAAUUUGUCUACUCAAAAAGCUGAAAACCGAACGUUCAUCUACUAAUUGAAUCCUGAUGCAGCGCAACCACCAAUUUUACACUGAAAAAAAACCACCUCCCCUUGACUAUCAAGCGGGCAAUAAUGAAAUGCAUGUUCCAGUUGCAUCUGGUUUCGGGGCAGCAGCUUUACCUCCUGGUGGUAACCACCUUAAACAUUUUCAUGGUGUUGAGUUUCAACCCUCUGAGGUCUGCCCCAAGAAUUUCAUUAUAUUUGAUCAGACUGAUCAUCGCAGUCAAAUUAUGUUCCACCCUGCUAUUGCCAACAAAUUCGGUAGUCCUGCUUUAAACAUGGGCUCAGCUUGUGUCCAAGGCUAUUUCGGAGGAAUUGAUAGGAAUAAUAAUGAGGUUGGAGAACUGUCUUCUACUCUGAAGGAAGACUCAGAUGAUAUCGAUGCAUUGCUGAGCUUGGAAGAGGAAGAAGAAGAAGAGGAGUACGACGAGGAAGAGCUAAGCACUGCACGAACUUACGGGAAUUAUGGAAGCUCAUCCCCUGAAUCUUGUUCCAAUUAUGGUACAAGGAACAAGAAGAAUAGAACAUCAUCAUCUUCUGUUCAAAAGUCUUCUGACAGUGGCAGUAGCAGCUCCAACAGCGAAAGGAAACGACACAGGAUGAAAAAAAUGGUGAAAGCAUUGCGAGGAAUUGUACCUGGCGGUAAUGACAUGACUACCGUCACUGUCCUAGACGAAGCUGUUCAGUACUUAAAGUCUCUCAAGGUUGAAGUACAGAAGCAUGGAGUUAAGAAUUUCCGAAAUUAGUAUCUGAAUUAUGUCAUCAUAGUAAUCGUGAUCAAAACUCGCUCGUUUCUUCUACCGCUGCAGUUAUGGUUCUUCAUGUGGACUUGACAAGACUAAGAUAAUAAUAUCCAAUAUUUAGCGGUCGGUAAUACUACUGUACUGUAUCCGAGGCUUCUUAUGGUUCUUCUUCCAUGUUUGUUGAAUAAAGAAUCGAUCUUUUACAAAAGCAGGGAGAGACAUUACAACAUUAUUAGGCUGAGACUGAAGUAGUUUCAUAUUUUCAUUAUGUAAUAUUGUAUUUUGUAUUGCUAAGAACAUAAGUUAGUUAUUGUUGUGUGUGUUGCCACUAACUACUCUUUGAGUGCUUAUUAUGCCUUGUUUAUUUGAUAUUUCAUCUCUUUGGAAUGGUUAAUAAAUUUUCUUCAUAGUUUUCUCUA